AGACGCUUCACAGUAUCCAGGUUGGUAAAAAAAAAAACUUAGCUUGGUCAAACACAGGAUACGUUAUGUCGAGUCGUUUACCUACCUAGAAUGAGUAAACUUCACUUGUUUUCCGUUGGAUCCUUGUGAUUGGUGUUUCGUUUUUUGUCACGCCAUGAUGCGAGCUCUGUGGGCGGGCCUUCGGACGGUGUCCUGUGAAGGAGCUGCUGUGCUGAAAUCAAACGCAUCUCGUCCACGUAGCGCUGCUGCUGCUGCGUGGAAAGUCUCCCGACCCACGGCUGUCUCCAAAUCUCUGUUCAGCAUGGCGAGACCCCUCCAUCAUGCACUCAGAAUGCCUGAAAUAAACAUAAAUCACCUGGAUGAGAAGCAGGUGCAGCUCCUAUCUGAGAUGUGCAUCCUCAUCGAUGAAAAUGACUGUAAAAUUGGAGCAGACACCAAGAAAAACUGCCACCUUAACUCCAACAUCGACAGAGGUUUGUUACACAGAGCAUUCAGUGUCUUCAUUUUCAACAAUGAAGGCAAGCUUCUCUUACAGCAAAGGUCUGAUGCCAAAAUCACUUUUCCAGGCUGUUUCACAAACACGUGCUGUAGUCAUCCUCUACACACACCCAGAGAGCUGGAGGAGAAGGAUGCUAUAGGAGUGAAGAGAGCCGCUCAGAGGAGACUACAAGCCGAACUGGGUAUUCCCGUGGAACAGGUAACGCCUGAUCAAAUGACGUACCUAACAAGGAUCCAUUACAAGGCCCAGUCAGAUAGUGUUUGGGGUGAACAUGAGAUUGACUACAUCCUUUUUAUGCAGAAGAAUGUGGAGUUGAAUCCAGAUCCCAAUGAGAUCAAAAGUCACUGCUACGUGAGCAAGGAUGAGCUGAAGUCCAUGCUGGAAAAAGCCAAGCACAGUGAGCUGGAGGUCACACCAUGGUUCAGCCUUAUCGCCAGAAACUUCCUCUUCGAGUGGUGGGACAACCUGCAGAAUCUCAAGGACUUCAUCGAUCAUGGCAGCGUCCACCGAAUGUAACCACCAGCAUUUUCACUGUCUUAGAACCCUCUAUACUUUGUUGUACUGAAUGAAUGCAGCCAACAGAGCUGCUAAGAACCUCUAAUCCCGCUGAACCUACAGGAAAGAAAAUGUAUUAAUGGGUUUAUGGGCUGUUUCUAUUGGUGACGUUUGAAAAAAUGUAUCUGGCAACAUGUUCACAGUAGGGGUUUUUUUUUUUUAUCCAUUACAGUGCCCAUCGUACCCAUUACAGUGGAGAAGAGAUAUACUAGAUUAAUGGACUUAAACAUCAAUUUAUUUGAUUUUAAACUAAAAAAAUCUUCAGUUAAAUUCAGAAUACUUUAAUAUUAAUCAAGUGCUCGAUUACAGGGCAUUAAACUGAUCUGGACAGUACGUUUUGAGUGUUUAUUGUGCUGAAAAUUAGAUUACCAUUUUAGUAUUUAACCGGUUUCUCACACUUGUAUGGCCCACACCACCUGCUGUCAUUCUCAGACAGCUACAUGUCAGAUGUUUUUGGAUUGUCAGUUCUUGUCCAUU